AAAAGAGAAGAAUUAAGAUGGGCAACAAUUCUUCAAUCCCUGAUGGUCCCCCAAGGAGGAUCGUGAUGAUCGGGAAAACUGGUGUUGGGAAGAGUGCCGUUGGCAACACCAUCCUGGGCGCAAAGAUUUUUGAGUCCAAUGUGAGCUCAGAGUCAGUGACGCAGACUUGCGAGAUAGAAAAAGUUCCAAACUGCAAAAGAAAGAUCACUGUGGUCGAUACACCUGGCCUGCUGGAUACGUCUAAAAGUACAGACGCCAUAAAGAAAGAAAUCACAAAAUGCAUUCACAUGUCUUCUCCCGGCCCUCACGUCUUCCUGCUGGUCCUUCAGAUCGGCAGGUUUACCACAGAAGAGCAAAACUGUGUGGACGCGCUGGAGAAGCUGUUUGGGCCUAAGGCAUCAAAUUACAUGAUCGUCCUGUUCACUCAUGGUGACAAGCUGACUCAGCAGAAGAGAACCAUUCAAGACUAUUUAAAAACAAGCCACCCUAAACUCAGGGAACUGCUGAAGAGAUGUGGUUACAGGUACCAUGUGUUUGACAACAAGAUCAAGAAGAAUAGAACUCAGGUGUUGGAGCUGAUCAUAAAGAUUGACGCAAUGAUGGCAGUAAAUGGGGAAGCUCACUACACUGAUGAAAUGCUUGAAGAGGCAGAGAAGAUUCUAAAGCUGAGCGAAAACCUGCCUAACAACGUACACUUCAUGGCUGAGCUCACACAGAGAAUCAUCGUGUUUAAGAGAAUAUUGGCAAAGGGUGCAGAUGACCUAUACUGAUCAUUCCUCCAACUCAAACGUCUGACUUUAAUCUAAAUAAUCCACACUUUUUUAGUUUUGCAGUGACUCUUCAUUAAAUACUAAUUAACUACACAAAAUUGCUCUGUAUGACAGUAAUUAUAUGUAUAUGAUAUUCAUUUAUUCAUUCAUAGUAAA